AUGUCUACCACUUCUCUCUCCCAGAAAGAGAGUCGCAACAUCUUUGCCACGCUGACGAUUGUGUUCGCUACAUUGGGAUCGAUCACCUAUGGCUACUGCUCCUGCAUCAUCGCCACAAUGCUGAGUCAAACAUCGUUCACUGGCUACAUGGGCCUCCAGCGAGCUACAAAUGCAACCCAAUUGUCUGGUGCUAUUAACGCGCUCUAUCAGGUUGGCGCUCUAUUCGGCACCCUUUCCAGCGGCUACACCAGCGACCGAUUCGGCCGUCGAAAAGCAAUCUUCCUCGCUUGUAUCAUGGUCAUUAUUGGCGGUGGUCUACAAGCUGGAAGUGUGCACGUAGCGAUGUUCAUGGCAGCUCGCUUCAUCACCGGGAUUGGCAUUGGCAAUCUAGUCACCCUUAUUCCCACCUGGCAAGCAGAGUUGUCCAACCCGCACUCUCGGGGUCUGCUGGUGGGCUUGCAUGGUACCUUCAUCCUCGUCGGCUACAGUUCCGCCAGCUGGAUUGGCUUCGGCUUCAGCUACGUUACCAAUUCUCACGUUCAAUGGCGCAUUCCUCUCCUCUUCCAGGUUAUUCCCCCUCUGAUUCUUGCAUCGGGCAUCUUUUUCGUACCGGAGAGCCCUAGAUGGCUUCUUCAGCAGGGUCGAGAAGCAGAGGCAUUGGCCGUCUGCAAGAAGAUUCGAAGAGAUUCCUCCGCCCCGGAUGAUGGGUACGCUAUUGCAGAAUUCUCCAGCAUGAAAGCGCAGUACCAAUACGACCUGACAAUGCCUUCAUCGUGGGCUUCCAUCUUCUCCGUGAGAAGCUACCGACGUCGCGCCUUCAUCGGGUUUUCCUGUCUUUUCCUCGCCCAGUGCACUGGUACCCAAGUCAUCAACAAUUACGGACCGACGAUUUACGCAUCCCUCGGCUUCAACGCGAAAGAGCAGCAACUCCUCGCCGCUGGUUGGAUCACUGCCGGUAUUCCUGCCAACUUUAUUUCUGCACUGUUGAUGGACAAGACCGGGCGCGUACGAAUGAUGCAGUUUGGAUUCUUAGCAACGGGAAUCGCUCUCCUCGGCACGACGACUUCCGUUGCGGUCGGGACCAGCACGGGCAAUACAGCCGCUCUAAAGGCCGCUGUCUUUUUCAUCUAUCUGCAUAUUGCAACCUAUGGAUCCGGUCUCGAUGCGCCCACAUACGUCUACGGUACGGAAAUUUGGCCCAAUCAUCUGCGGGCGAAGGGUGCCGCCAUUUCAAUCAGUGGUCUUUUCGUUGGCGCACUGAUUCUGCUCAUGGGCGCUUCCACGGCUUUUGCCACGAUCGGGUGGAAGUACUAUCUCGUCUUUCUGGUCAUGACCGUGAUCGCCGUUGUCGUCUCUCUCCUCUUCUAUGUGGAAGUCAACGGACUGUCCCUCGAGCAAACCGCCAAAGUAUUUGGCGAUCACGUCGAGGUGCCAGAGGUUCAUGUGUACAAGGAGGAUAGCAAUUCCUCCAACUCACAGUCUGACAUUGUCACUAAGGCUUGAACUUUCCCGGCGAAGACGAUUUCCU